AGCCUUUGGGCUUGGGUAGGUGUGAGAGAGAGAGAGAGAGAGUAGGGCACAGUCGAAUCAAAUUAAGAUCCGCAUUAGUGCGUUGCCAUUUCCACAUCGCCAUGGACAGUGAAGUUGAGGAAGCGAAGAAGGUAGAACUGCAGUUGAAUGCUAAGUAUGAUGUGGGGCUCAUCCACCAGGCAAUCAAUCAGCUCAUUGAGGAGAAGAGAGCUCAGAGAAGCAAAGCCUCCGGGGAUUGCUUCGUCGACGAUGACGAUGGCGUACUGCUUUCCAGAUUGCUUUCGCAGUUAGAGUCGCUAAAGGAAGACACAUCCAUUGAGCCGCUGAAACCUGCAUCAGAAAUGGAUGUGCGUUCUACAGUUAACAAAGAGGAGUCAAAAGAUGAGAAUGUAGGUGGAUCAGAAAGUGGAAGCAGAGAAAUUGGAGAAGCAGCAAUCCUAAGAGAGCUUCGGAAGCUGAAGAGACAGAACUCGAUCACCCAUUGGCUUCUUUCGAUCAUGAUAUUUCUUACUGUUGCGUGGCAGCUCUCUGAAGUAUCACUCCUAAUGAUUGUGAAGAACAAAUUGAGCAACCCUUUUAGAACUGUUGGAACAGCAGUCAAGGGGAUGCUACCAGGUCGGGGGAAAGAUGACACUAAUGGGUCAACUAAUCUCCUUCAGAUCGAAACUCCUUCACUCCAUGGUCUCAAAAUGCCAGAGCUCCCCUCUGUAGGCUUGCCAGUCCUGGGUUUAAAUGAUGAAGAUCACUAGGCUUUCUCUUCUCUUGCUUUUCAAUAUAAAUCUCAGAGAGUCCAUUCUUCAAUGAAGGAUUUGUUUCUUUUAGACAUGUCGGUAGAACAGCAAACAAUGUAGUAGCUCACUCUAUUGCCAAGUAUGAGUAGCAAUUUUAUUUCUUCA